AUGCCACCUGCCGUCCUCCACAGCUGUAGAUCUUCCCUCCUAAUUUCAGAUAAACACGCUUCCUUCACAAAUGCCGACGGUAAAGUGACGGUCACUCCACACAGCAAAUGCAAGGUUGCCGUUAACGGGGUGCCCAUCACCAUCAGGACAAAGCUGCAGCAUUUGGACCGCCUGAUUUUGGGAUCCAACAGCACCUACCUGUACGUGGGAUUUCCUUUGGAGCCGGGCAGUGAGGACCUGAGCAGGUUCGAUUACGACUUCUUCCAGCUGGAGAGGGCAGCCGCAGAGGGAGUCAGCGCAGACAAACUCGGUGCUGUGGACGGUGGAGACGGCAAGGCCGACCCCAGUGUCCUGGCUGCGUUCCAGGACUACAUCAAACUGAUGCCGCUGGUUGCAGAAGCAAAUCAAAUGAGUGAAGAGCUGAAGAAGGGACUUAACAUGGAAUUGAAGGUGAAGAAUUUGGCAUCAUCAGAUUCCAAGGGCUAUGACCUACAGAAGGAGGUCUUGGUGAAGGUGACCCACCACGGGACUCACGAGGUAUGGAUAUGGUCAAAAGCCAAGUUCAUCAACAGGAAAUUCCUAAUGGAGGAACUUUACCAGCGCUUUCUAGAUGGAGAUAACAGCCCUGUGGCUCAAGAAGACGACCCUUUCUGGGAUCCUGUCGAGGUCGUCCACUUGGGCUCAGCUCACGUCUGGCUCCAGUCACUGGCCUACUGCAUGAAGCUGGAGGAGCAAGUGGAGUUUCUGAACUGUGACGGGCUGGAGGAGGCGGUGCUGCACAUCUGCAUAGCACCCUGCUCCCCGACAGGACAAACGCAUGGCGAGGAGGAUGUGGUUAUCGACCCUUUGGAGCUGCUAGGCAAGAGGAUGGAUUUUCAGAUUCACAUUGUCCGGUGUCUUGGUGUCAGCUGGAUGAAGGAAGAUGCAAAGCGGGGCAUUCAGAUAGGGUACAGAAUUUAUGACCUUCCAAACACUAUCUAUACCAAACCUGUAUGGAAAAGUGUGAAUCCACAAAUUGAAGAGACUGUCCAAUUUGUAGCCUUAACUGCAUCUCAAGAGUUUCUGAAUUAUCUGCAGACAAAUGCCCUUAUUGUUGACCUAUGGGGCCUUCAAGAAGGCUGCACCGAGCUGAGCUGCUCUCAGCUGGGCCUCAUGGUCACAGAUGAAGGCCACAUCCUGGUAGACACCAAGAAAAUUUCCACUGUGAAGGAUCCAAGCCAGGCGGCCUCAAACCAGAUACCAGAACUUCAUCUGAAGCUGCUCAAGCUAGAGCAGGAGACAGAGCUGCUCAGGAACAUCAACAGAGCCCUGAGAGAGGAGAACGUGCUUCUCCAAGAAUCACUUGCGAAAACUGCUUCUGGGCAAGGUGAGAGACUGCUCCAGGCUUGGCUGUUUAGCUUAUCCCUUGCCUCCUACAUUUGUGAUGUAUAUUUGCCUUUUAAUAAACAAACUUUUAAAUGAGUUAAUUCACAUCUUGUUUCAUAAACAGAAAAUGCAGGACAUUUCUUUUCUUCUGCCCUGUGAGAUUUCUCAUUUCCCUUGGAUGGAUCCAAACUGGUGCCUGAUAAAUGCUGAUGUAGUAGAAUGCCACCAAAAUAAAUAAAUAUAGAGAUGCCCGAAGAAAGAGAUCCAUACAUCAACGCUGCCUUUUCUUGCCACCUCAGCCCAGAAGCCUUCCGACACUCUGAAGGUCAGCGGGAUGACUGCACAACUGCUCUCCGCCAGGGACACAAGUCAAAUGUGCACACAGCAAGCCGGCUCCGACCGAGAACUCGCCCAGGCUCUGAAGGUGUUCUACCAAAGCAUGAACACAGCAAGAGGGCAGCUUUUCA